UGGGCGUGUUGGAGAUGGGAGUUUUGUGACUGGUUUUGGCGUUAGAGAAAGGGAAGAGAGAGACUCGACUAGACUAAAAUAUGUAACGGCGUUACAACCCGUUUGGGGUUAGGGACUGAGAUGGUCAGUUUUUAAACCAAAAGAAAAGACGAAAAGCAAAGCCAAAUCCAAAAAGAGAUGAUGCUCGGCACUGGGUUUGAGCUUAAGCAGCAUACGCUCUUCAGCCCCGUAUCCACCAUGGCUUUUCCUACAAUUCCUUCAGCUUCAGCUUCAGCAAUAUCAUUCUCCCAAUUCCAAACAAAAAAUAAAAAUAAUAAUGUUGGUAAAGAAGCAACUAAGUCAAAUAGUAUUAACCAAAGCAGCAAAGUUAGUGUUAGUGUUAAUAAGAGACGCCACUCCAAGUCCUACUUGGAAAGGCAAUCUGCUAUUCUUCAACUUCAACAGGCCUCCUCUCAAUCUCAUUUCGACUCUGCUCUUGCAAGAUUAGGAGGGAUGUUGAAGGUGCAAGACUUGAAUGCCGUAUUACGAAAUUUUGGAACUCUAGGCAGAUGGCAGGAUCUUUCUCAGCUCUUUGAAUGGAUGCAACAAAAUGGGAAGAUAAAUGCUUCAUCUUAUAGCAGUUAUAUGAAGUUCAUGAGAAAGAACCUAAAUCCUGUAAAGGUGAUGGAGAUAUACAAUGGCAUUAAAGAUGAAUCAGCAAAAAACAAUGUGUUCAUAUGUAAUUCUGUUCUUAGUUGUCUGGUUAGGAAUGGCAAGUUUGAUAGCAGCAUUAAAAUGUUUCAUCAGAUGAAGCAGGAUGGUUUAAUGCCAGAUGUUGUUACAUAUAGCACGCUGCUUGCAGGUUGCAUCAAAGUUAAACAUGGUUAUUCUAAGGCAUUAGAGCUGGUUCGGGAGCUUCAACAUAGUGGGCUGCACAUGGACAGUGUAAUUUAUGGGACACUUCUAGCUAUUUGUGCUUCACAUACUAAAUUGGAAGAAGCAGAAAGCUAUUUUAACCAGAUGAAAGAUGAAGGUCAUUCGCCAAAUGUGUUUCACUACAGUUCUUUGCUCAAUGCUUACUCAAUUAGUGGAAACUAUAGAAAGGCCAACGAGUUGGUUCAAGAUAUGAAGUCUGCAGGGUUAGUACCAAAUAAGGUAAUUUUGACAACUUUAUUAAAGGUAUAUGUUAGAGGAGGCUUAUUUGAAAAAUCAGGAGAACUAUUGGCUGAACUGGAAACUUUGGGCUAUGCUGAUGAAGAGAUGCCAUACUGUUUAUUGAUGGAUGGCCUUGCUAAGGCUGGGCGUAUAGAUGAAGCUAAAUCACUCUUUCAAGAAAUAAAGGAGAAAUCCAUUAGAUCUGAUGGCUAUGCCCACAGCAUCAUGAUCUCAGCAUUUUGCCGGGGUGGGCUUUUGGAAGAGGCAAAGCAGUUGGCCAGGGAUUUUGAAGCAACCUAUGACAGAUAUGAUUUGGUUAUGUUGAACACAAUGCUCUGUGCUUACUGCAGAGCAGGUGAAAUGGAAAGCGCAAUGCAAAUGCUACGGAAAAUGGAUGAAUUAGCAAUCUGUCCUGAUUAUAAUACUUUUAGUAUCCUAAUCAAAUUUUUCUGUAAGGAGAGGUUAUAUCUGCUUGCUUAUCAGACUAUGGAAGACAUGGGCAGUAAAGGUCACCACCCAGAGGAGGAACUUUGUUCUACAUUAAUAUUUCAUCUUGGUAAAAUAAAAGCACAUUCAGAAGCAUUUUCUGUUUACAAUAUGUUGAGACAUAGUAAGAGAACAAUGUGCAAGGCUCUUCAUGAGAAGAUUCUGCACAUUCUAAUAGCAGGUGGGCUUCUCAAAGAUGCCUAUGUAGUAGUCAAGGACAAUGCAGGUUUGAUUUCUAAACCUGCAGUAAAGAAAUUUGCGACUGCAUUUUUGAAGUCAGGAAACAUCAACUUGAUAAAUGAUGUUAUAAAGGCCAUCCAUGGUUCUGGCCACAAGAUUGAUCAGGAAUUAUUUCAGAUGGCAAUAUCGCGUUAUAUUGAGCAACCUGAAAAGAAGGAAUUGCUUCUACAACUGUUACAAUGGAUGCCAGGUCAAGGUUAUGUUGUUGAUUCAUCUACGAGAAACCUUAUCCUCCAGAACUCACAGUUAUUCGGUCGCCAACUAAUUGCUGAAAUAUUGUCCAAGCAGCAUAUGGUAUCAAAAGCAUCGAGAUCUUGUAGGGAAACUACCAAUUAAGGAUAAAACUACAAGAGUUCAAGGUAACCUAUUAAUGCCACUGAACCCUUCGCAGGGAAACUACCAAUUUGAUCAACAUUGCCUCCCAAGAAAGACACUUUUAAUAUAACAUGUCAGUGUCACAUUUUUGAGUCAGCUGAUGGGUGUGGUGAAUCCCAAAUAAACUUGUUAGGUUUUUGUUUUGUUGAGAAGACUGUUAGGUUUUAGUUUACCACCUAUGUACAGUGCCAAGAUUGAAUGAACCUGAUUAUUUUACCUUUAAUGCAUAUGACCAGAUAUGAGAACUACAGCUCUGAUUAUUGUAAUGUAUUUAGAGAAUUUGAUGUCAUAAUGAUGACACAAUUUCUUAUA